AUGACCGUGUAUCCUCCUAACACAAAAAAUCCACAGGAGUUUGGCUUCGGAGAGCACAAAAUUAAAUACACUUUUGCGUACGAAAAUAGUGAUAAAAUAUGGACCAGCGACGAUUGUCUAUUUACUGUCAAUGUCGGUGCAUGCGAAUGUCCAAGCACACAGACGAUAAGAGCUGAAGUUAAACUCGGCCAGACAAAAGCCAAUGUCAGUUGGUUGGAACCUAAGCCUAGUUGCCCAACUACGGCCGAUGCAGGCAACCCAAGCAAUACGAGUGGAAAUUUUUCGGUCGGUAAACACAAACUCGUUUACAAGUACAAACACAGCACCGAUUUUCAAACCUUUUAUAUGCAAUGUGAUGUGAACAUUAUUGUGACAGGAGAUUACUGCGGCACAACAGCCUAUGAUCCAGCCACUUAUAUUUGCUGUUGUGGCAAGGCUUACCUUAAGAAACCUGAUCACAUGUGUUGUGGCACAAAAUACUACGAUACUGCUAGCAUGAUAUGCUGUCAAGAUGACAGUCUCGUGUCUGUUGAAGGACAUUGUCCACUUUAG